UAAAAAACGGAUUAAAACCCAAUUUUUUUUUUCCCGGAAAGAUAUUAGGGUUCGUCGCUUGGAAUUCGUGAGGAAUUUUCUUUCAAUCUUAGCAAUCCAGAAGGGUCAAAUCUCCCUUGUUGUUGGCACGAAAACCAUAUCAGUGUCGGGCAUUGUGAUCAUCGUGCAAUUCGGCUAUAAAUUUUGUUUCGAUUUGCAAUGACUCAAGUACCAACUUCUGCCCCAAAAGAUGGGGUUGAUCUAUCUGAUGGCAGCGGCUCGCCGCUUAAUAAAGCUGAAAAUUCUCUGGAAGAGAGAGAGAAAAAGAAUUCGAGUCGAAGAGUCAAGGAUGUUGAAAUUUCCGUGCCAAUUGUUUAUGGAACCAUUGCGUUUUGGCUUGGUCGGAAGGCAACUGAGUCUCAAUCACAUAAAUGGACAGUCUAUGUUCGUGGGGCGACAAAUGAGGAUUUGAGUGUUGUAGUUAAGCGUGUUGUUUUUCAACUCCACCCGAGCUUCAAUAAUCCUAUCAGAGUUGUUGAUUCUCCACCUUUUGAAUUGUCUGAAUGCGGUUGGGGUGAAUUUGAGAUUGCCAUUUCACUAUACUUCCACAGUGAUGCAUGUGAUAGGAAAUUGGACGUAUUCCACCAUUUAAAACUGUAUCCUCUAGAACAGAGUGGUCCUCAGUCUACCAAGAAGCCUGUUGUGGUGGAAUCAUAUGAUGAAGUUGUUUUUCCGGAUCCUUCAGAGCUCUUUCUUGCUCGCGUGCAGAAUCACCCUGCUGUUGUUGUUCCUCGGCUUCCUGCAGGUUUGGAGCUACCACCCUCUGCUCUGACGGAAGAAAACAGUGAUCGGAGAGGGAACACUAAAGAUCACCCUCUAGGCCAUUGGUUUAUGAAUUUUUCAGAGGCAGAUGAACUGCUCAAACUUGCCGCAGCUCGUCAACAGGUACAAGCUCAUAUUGUUAAGCUAAGAAGACAAAUGAGUAUGGUGGAAGGCUCUUCUGGGACUGCGGAUCCUGCCUCAGCCUUUUAAAUGUAUUUUCUGACUAAGAAGAAAUAGCUCCUUGUACCAGUUUUGCUUGUGGUGAAAUUUACAAUUAAGACUUCAUAGUUUAACAUUUUCUUAUCUUGUAAAUAAGUUCGGAGUAAAUGUAUUUGACACAGUUGAGGUCGUCAAUUGUUUAUGGAUAUGUUAUGUGCUACAUUACGCGCUGUU